AUGAUGGCUGUGAUGUCACCCAAUGGUCUUUCUCAACUCCCUGUACUUCAUCUCCCUCAUCAGAGCCUUUGGAGCCUCAGUUGCUUUGCAAUGAUGUUUCAGGCUGUACUCAGCCUUUCUGCACCACAAAUGUCAUGCCUUCUCAAGUGUUUUUAUGCCCUGUACCCAUUGCAUCCAGUGAUGUCAGGGGAAUUCUCAGCUUAGUAUAGUCACAUGAUGGAUCAGAGAUACAGAACUAGAAUUCAUGAGGGAUACAUAUCUCAAGCGAAAGGUGGAUAUCUAAGGAUUGUCCUCAAGAAACCAGUGAGUUAUACAAAAUCUUUACCAAAGGAAAUAGAAAAUUGA